UUCAAAGGAGACGUUGCAUCAAACUCCCUUUUUGUAUUGAGAUUCACCGCUUCGCUUCGUCAUUUGAUCAACUUUAUGAGAAACGACACAUGUCCCUUGUAUUCGAACGCUACUGUUCCAAAGGAUUCAGACUAAAUAGGGAUAAGAUUGGUAUUCUACUACCAGUGUUAACGCUACGCUCGUCGCCUAUUAAACAUCGGGUAAGCCCAUACAUUUAUUAGUAAGAAAUUAGGAUUUUCAAAACCAUACGAAAUUGUGAGCACUUUUAUCAUCACCUCAGGAAGGAGUUCUUGGUGGAUAACGUGUAAAAGUGAGAGAAGAAUUCAACAACUGCAUGCAAGUACGUCGAAGACAAAGGAAAUUUGGCAUUAAUAACUAUACCCCCUCAAUAGGCAGGGUGUACGGAAUCAAGAUAUUUUAGGCCUAUUUUGUGGUGAAAAAGACGGCAACUGAAAACCAUAGCUCAGUGAAAUAAAAACUACAUCUGUCGCGAUCAGCGUUCCCCAGGAAGAGAAAAAUAACAAAAACAGUCAAACUUUGACAGAGAUUUCUAGUAGGCCUACUAUGGGCCACGGUAGCGGGGGCUGGGGACACCAUACGUCCCACUGGCACUCCCACUGUCCUCCACGCUGGGACCACGGUUACUCAGCACAGUGCUGGAGGCCACCCACAGACACGAUGGAAGUAAUUGUGGUGCAGUCUCCAAACCCAAAUUACACUGAUGCUGCAAAAGAAAUAAUGGAUGUAAUCACCAAAUCAGCUGAAAGCGUUUUAAAACUUAUUGGAGAAACUUUGUCAGUUGAAAAGGUCCCAGACUCAGUGAAGGCACUAGAGAAAGACGACCUUGUAAAGCUAAUAGAAGAACACAUGAGGACUGGGUCUAUAUUUGUGCGCGUGGCGGGGCUGUCUGGCGCACUCGCAGUAUGCAUGGGAGCAUAUGGAGCACAUGGAUUGAGAAAUGCUGACCCUGAUAAGAGAAGUGUUUAUGAGACAGCCAAUAAAUAUCACUUGAUUCACAGCCUCGCACUUUUGGGAACACCCCUCACAAGAAGACCUUUUCUGGUGGGGUCUCUACUCUGCUCCGGUAUGCUUCUAUUCUCAGGAAGUUGUUAUUACUACUCUCUCACCGGACACGACACGGUGAGAAAGGUAACGCCAUAUGGAGGACUGUUACUUAUAGCAGGCUGGUUUGCUAUGGCCUUAUAACAUGACUGCUUUUAACCCAGUGGUCCAAAAUUCAGUGCCGUUAACUGUUUAGAGAUUUCUGUUUGUAAUAUUGACAAUCUGCAUCAGAAUGGGCGUUUAAGAUACCAGAAAGUUAAAUUUUGUGAUCUGGUAUGAGUGUAUUAUUGAUGUGAAGAACAAUCUUUGAUCUUUUUCCCUUCCUCUAAGUGAUUCAUGAAGCAAUAACAGAAGCAUUUAUGUGAAGUGUACCCAGCAUUUUCGUCACUAGAGUACAAAAGUGUAUAGAAAUGCUGUUGAAGAUUUCCCCAGCAAGUGGAGAGACUCACAACAGUAAACAAUGGGAUUUUAGAGUAGAAAGUAGUAGACCAGUGUGAGUUAGAAAAUGCACAUAGGGAGUUUUAUGUAGCAACUCUGCCUUUGUACAGCAGUCUUGAAUUGGCUGCCAUCAUUAAAAUGAAAAAUUUAGAAAAAUUAAGAUUUUUUCAUGAGGAAUAGUACACUGUCCCAUGAAUGGCUGGAAAAUAUUAAGAAAUGACAAGGUAUAAUGAAGGUAAUAUAAGGGGGCAGAUUGAAGCUUUUUUGUGAUGAAGCAGCACCUGUCCACAGUUACUCCCAGUGUAAGUUUGAGAUUUGUGAUCAAGUACAUAUUCAAGUGAUUCGUUUUCUUAGUAUAUUAGUAUUUAGUUGCUAAUUGUUAAAUUGACCAUCUUUUUAUAACUUACCAAGUUAUUAUAUUGAGAGUUUGGGGUCUAACGUACAAAUAAAAUCAUUAAUCUUAUUA